AUGUCCAAUUGGAAGAAAUUCUUCAAGGGUAAAAGUAGUUCGCACGCUUCCACAAAUCAGGGCUCUACAGCAAACACUGGGGCCAGUUCACCAGCUGAUUUAAGCGUCGUUUCAAGCGAGGAGGCUACUGAUGAUUCUGCUGCUAUUGAUAAAUCGGUGUCCAAACCUUCGGAAAAUGCUUCCUAUGAUACUCGGAAAACCUUGGUGGAUUCAGAUCUCAAGAACGUUUCCGAGUCGAUAGCCCAUUUGGAUAUUAAUGAUACAACCUCCGUUACUCCCGAGUUGAUUACAAAGAACUUGGAAUCCACUGACCCGAUUUUUGAGAAGGAGGCCAGUGAACCCGAACAUUCCGAGUCUUCAUCAUCCAAUCGUGUGAAAUUCAAACCUGGUUUGCUCACUGUGAAGAUCUAUUCUUCAAAGAACUUGGAGAUUCCUGUUCCAAUGAGAAUCAACAAGCAGAUUCUACGUAAGCUCGCCAAUUUGGGUGCCAAUGUCGACGAGGAUGAGCUGCUCCAUAAAAUCGAGUCCCUGAACGAAAAUCUCGAUGAAGCAGCAAAUACUAACUUGUCGUACUAUCUUCCUUCGACGUUACGCAUCAAUAAUACCGGUGAUACCAGUAAAAAUGUCAUCACCACGUACAACUUAGUCUAUGCGGUGGUGGAAGUGGAAAACAGUAGUGAACGUAUCAGCUCCAUUGGAAAUACCAUUGCUAACACCAAGUUCAACAGUGUGACCACUUUUGAUAUCACUUCUCCCAACACAGCGUUGCUGACAGUGCACAUUUAUGUUCGAAUCCCAGGCUCUUUGUUGGAUUCUAACAAGCAGGAAGAUUAUCUAAUUGGUACUCUGAACUACAGACUCUCUUCGGCCACCAUUCAGGAUAACUGUCAACCUGUUAGGAUUCUCAAUCAUGACUGGCGUCACUUAGUUAACCCUUAUACCGAUAAAGAGCUUGCUGGAACUUUGAAUAUCACUUUGGACUUCAAGCCGUUGUCUACAAGUGCUAAAAAGGGUAUGAAUAUGGGCGAUUUCGACUUGCUCAAGGUUAUUGGUAAGGGAUCCUUUGGUAAAGUGAUGCAGGUUCGAAAGAAGGAUACCGGAAAGAUAUAUGCCUUGAAGUCCAUUCGAAAAGCUCACAUUGUGAACAAGAUGGAAGUGACUCAUACGUUGGCAGAGAAAUUUGUACUAAGUAGAGUCAAUUCGCCGUUUGUUGUGCCAUUGAAGUUUGCCUUCCAAUCCAGUGAAAAGCUCUAUUUGGUCCUCUCGUUUAUCAACGGAGGAGAGCUUUUCUACCACCUUCAAAAAGCUCGUAGAUUCCCUCUCAUCCGUGCCAAGUUCUAUAUCUGUGAGUUACUUUCUGCCAUAGAAACGUUGCACAAGAUGAAUAUUGUGUAUAGAGAUUUGAAACCGGAGAACAUCUUACUUGAUUAUCAAGGCCAUAUAGCCUUGUGUGACUUUGGAUUGUGCAAGAUCAACAUGAAAUUGGACCAGAAAACAAACACUUUCUGCGGUACUCCUGAGUAUUUGGCUCCGGAGUUACUUUUGGGCAAGGGUUACACAAGGGUAGUUGACUUUUGGACCUUGGGUAUCUUAUUAUUCGAGAUGCUUACGUCUCUUCCUCCAUUUUACGAUGAAGAUGUGAAUUUAAUGUACAGAAAGAUUCUUAAUGAUCCACUUGUGUUUCCUGCAGACAUUGAUGCCACGACAAAAGAUCUUAUUACCAAGCUGUUGAACAGAGAUCCUAACAAACGACUAGGAUAUGAAGGAGUUUCUGAGAUUAAAUCACAUCCAUUUUUCAAAGAUAUUGAUUGGGAUAAGUUAAAUAAUAAGGGAUACAUUCCACCUUACAAGCCACAGGUGAGGGAUUCCUCGGAUAUAUCGAACAUUUCGUCUGAAUUCACCAGCGAGGAACCGAAGGACUCCGUGGUGGACGACUUCUUGAGCGAGUCUGUGCAGAAACAAUUUGGAGGAUGGACUUAUGUAGGAAGUUUCAGUGGACCUAGUUAA